UCUUUUUGUCUCCUAUAAAUACCCAAUUCAUCAACAAUCACCAACAAAAAUCAUCAUCUUCUGUUCUUCCCCAGAUUCUACUUCUUUCCUCUCUGGUUCAGUAUCCUAACAAGAAUCUCAGAGAUCUCAAAAGGGGUAAAAGUAAAACUGAAGAUUCAUGGCAAUGGCCAAGGAAUUCUUGGGUUCAUCUUUGAUGGAGAAAUCAUCUUUUGUUUCUCCUGCUUCAGGAGUUUUGUUUAACCAUCGGUUCAAUCAGAAACAGAACAACAAUCUUUCAUUUUCUCCUGUUUUGGUUCCUUUGGAGAAAAGAAGAUUGCAUUCAAGGAAGUCUGCAUCGGUUCCUGUUGCUACCAUUAGUGAGGAUUUGGUUAAGCUUGUCGUACCAGAGAAGCCCGUUAAGUUUAAGGUGAGAGCUGUGGUUACUGUCAGGAGGAAGAACAAGGAAGAUUUGAAGGAGACAAUUGUAAAGCACCUGGACGAUUUUACCGACAAGAUUGGCAGGAAUGUUGCCUUACAGCUUGUUAGCUCCGAAAUCGAUCCAAAAACAAAGGCGCCGAAGAAGAGCACACAAGCCGCUCUGAAUUGGUCGAAGAAAUCAAAGGUUCGAGCGGAAAGAGUUCAUUACACAGCAGAACUGACAGUGGACUCGAAUUUUGGGGAGCCAGGUGCCAUAACAGUGAGCAACAAGCAUCAGAACGAAUUCUUCUUGGAGACCAUCACUAUCGAAGGAUUUGCUUGUGGUCCUGUUCAUUUUGUCUGCAACUCCUGGGUUCAAUCUAAGAAAGAUCAUCCAGGAAACAGGAUCUUUUUCUCUAAUAAGCCAUAUUUACCAUCUGAGACACCAACUGGACUGAGAGAGUUGAGAGAGAAGGAACUGAAGGAGCUAAGAGGAAAUGGGAAAGGGACUAGAAAAGCAUCUGAUAGAGUAUAUGAUUAUGAUACCUACAACGACCUGGGAAAUCCAGAUAAGGGUAUUGAUUUCGCAAGGAUAACCCUUGGAGGUGAAGAAAUCCCUUAUCCCAGACGAUGCCGAACAGGGCGCCCUCCCACUGAUACUGACAUGAAAGCAGAGAGCAGGAUUGAGAAGCCAUUUCCGAUAUAUGUGCCCAGAGACGAGGCAUUUGAGGAAUCGAAACAGAACACAUUCGCUGCUGGACGCCUUAAAGCUGUGCUCCAUAACUUGAUACCUUCUCUAAUAACAAGUCUCUCUGCGGACAACCAUGACUUCAAGGGUUUCGCCGACGUCGAUAGUCUUUACAAAGAAGGGCUACGCCUUAAAGUAGGAUUACAGGAUGGGCUCCUAAAGAAGCUGCCAUUGCCUCAAGUUAUGAGCCAGGGACUUCUCAGAUACGAUACUCCGAGGAUUCUCACCAAGGACAAGUUCGCUUGGCUACGUGACGACGAAUUCGCUCGUCAAGCAAUGGCUGGAAUUAACCCCGUUAACAUUGAGAGGCUCGAGGUCUUUCCACCGGUAAGCAAGCUGGACCCAGCAAUCCACGGCCCACCAGAGUCAGCGAUUAAAGAAGAACACAUCGUGGGCCAUAUCGAGGGCAUGUCUGUGCCACAGGCACUGGAGGAAAAGAGGCUGUUUAUGCUAGACUUCCAUGACAUCUACCUCCCAUUUUUGGACAAAAUCAAUGCCUUGGACGGGAGAAAGGCAUACGCCACUCGUACGCUCUUCUUCUUGACGCGACUCGGGACUCUCAAGCCGAUCGCUAUCGAGCUCAGCCUCCCAUUCACGGCCUCUACCUCUUCUUCAUCCUCGAAGAGGGUUCUCACUCCUCCAGUGGAUGCCACUUCCAACUGGAUCUGGCAACUCGGCAAGGCCCACGUCUGCUCCAACGACGCAGGGGUUCACCAAUUGGUUAACCACUGGUUACGCACUCACGCCUGCAUGGAGCCCUUCAUAUUAGCUGCACACAGGCAGCUAAGUGAGAUGCACCCAAUCUUCAAACUACUGGAUCCUCACAUGAGAUACACCCUUGAGAUCAACGCCCUCGCACGCCAAACCCUCAUCAGCGCCGGCGGUGUCAUCGAGUCUUGCUUCACUCCUGGCCAAUACUGUAUGGAGAUGAGCGCCGCUGCCUACCGCGAUUUCUGGCGUUUCGAUCUUGAAGGCCUCCCCGCCGAUCUCCUCCGAAGAGGAAUGGCAGUGGAAGACCCCACGAAGCCUCACGGACUAAAAUUGGUCAUUGAAGAUUACCCUUACGCGAACGAUGGUCUGCUCAUCUGGUCUGCGAUCGAGUCUUGGGUUCGAACCUAUGUGAACCGGUACUACCCUGACUCGAGCCUAAUCCGGUCUGACAUUGAACUUCAAUCCUGGUACAGCGAAGCCGUCAAUGUCGGACAUGCCAAUCUCCGCCACCAGAACUGGUGGCCCAACCUUACCAAUACGGAGGAACUCACCUCCAUCCUUACAACCCUCAUCUGGCUCGCCUCCGCUCAACAUGCGGCCCUUAAUUUCGGCCAAUACCCUUACGGAGGUUACGUACCGAACCGGCCUCCAUUGAUGCGGCGGUUGAUACCAGUACAAGGUGACUCGGAUUAUGACUACUUUAUGGCUGACCCACAGAGAUUCUUUUUUUCUGCCCUCCCGAGUUUGCUACAAUCGACUCAGUUCAUGGCCGUGGUGGACACGCUAUCGACUCACUCACCUGACGAGGAGUAUAUCGGGGAGCGACAACAGCCGUCCAUCUGGUCAGGGGAUGCUGACAUCGUAGAAGCAUUCUAUGGGUUCUCGGCAGAGAUGCAACGGGUAGAGAAGGAGAUAGAGAAGAGGAAUAAGGAUCCGAGUCUGAGGAAUCGGUGUGGGGCUGGGGUAUUGCCUUACGAGUUGCUUGCGCCAAGCUCCGAGCCUGGGGUCACUUGUAGAGGAGUUCCUAACAGCGUUUCUAUAUGAGAUAUAUUCUUUCACUAUUUAUAAUGCGCUUGCUUUGGUACAGUGUUUCGCUAGGUACUAGAAAGCGCCCCUGUGCGCUUUGUAAAUGUAGUAAGUGUAAUUAAUUUUUGGGACAAAGAGAGAGAUUGUAAUAGAUUUCAUUUCCCAUGAGGGAACGAUGUAUUAAUGUGCCAAAUUACUAAUGAAUUAAUACUAGUAGAAUUUCUUA